AGGUACAUUUCUGGUUUGCAAUCCUUGAAAAAAGUUAAAUUUCCGUCAAAAUGAAUAUGGUCAGGAUCCGUCAUAUAAUGGAGAUGCGGCGUGCUUGUAAGGCGCCGCCACUUCUUCCGCCGAAGCUUAGAAAAGAAGGCUCAGAAAGUACGGAUCGUCGUGGUGUCAAGGAUGUGAUGGACAUAACAUUCCGCGUGAACACUCUGGUUCCAGAAAGAUUCCCCACGAGCAGCUACUUUUUCCAUUUGUACGAGAGCCAGGACUCGUCGGAAGGACCCUGGAAUUUGAUCUCUGAAACCGAACGACUUGGCACCAAUGACGUGGCAUGUUUGGAUGAUUUUUUGGCAAUUGAGUUCAGUUUCGAGAGGCUGCAAUGGUUUAAAAUGGAGAUAUCUGAAAUCUCUGAAAACGGAAUGAAAAUGUCCAAGGCGUCGGAGAUUUUCACAAUUGCUCAAGUUUGCUCGGGACCCGUCAUUUUUCCACUGGUUGACCAAUCUGGGUACCGUACCUCGGAAGUUGAAAUCUGGAGCCAACUCCGUGACCGCCCACAGCCAAUUGUAAUGCAGUUGGAAGCGAAGAACUUGUCGACAAAAUUGGUCUCUUCCAAUUCAAAUGUAUACAUAGAAGUUUACAAAGUAGAAGAUGACCAAAAACGUAUGUUAUAUCGUGGAGAAGUAGUGAAACAGACGAAAAUGACGUGGCGGCCGUUCACAAUUCAAUCGGAUGACUUGUACGGAAAUGAUGGGAAUGAAAGCCAAAUUGAAAUAGUAUGCAUCAGUGAAGAGGACAAAGAGGGAAUAAUUGGUCAGACAGUGGUAACCAUGGAAGUUGCAAGAUCUAUGGAGACUAUUAUGCUCUACAACGAAACCUACAAACAAGGCAGAAAACCCAUUGGAGAAGUCCGUUUAUGCCGUUACCAACAACUUCGCGUGUGUUCUUUUCUCGACUACAUCCGCUCGGGAACAAGUCUCAAGUUCGGAAUUGCUAUCGAUUUUUCCAUUCGAGACCCACAAAAUGUGACAAAUAUGGAUUAUCAGCAAUAUUCAAAUGAUAUUGAAUUCGUUGUUCGAAGCCUUGGCGACACUUUGGAACCUUUUAAUCCAACAAAUUCUUGGCUUUCCUAUGGUUUUGGAGCAAAGAUUCCACCGCAUUACAGGGAUUCCAAUAAUUUUUGUUUGUCUCUGGAUGCAGAUGCCACGUGUCAAGGGGUCAAUGGAGUGUUGGGAGCAUUUGCAAAGAGCCAUCAACAUGUACAUCCACUGUCAGGAGCCAAGUUUUCACAGAUUAUAUAUCAUUUGGCGAAACAAGCCCAAAACAACUUCAACCGAGCCAAUGAGCCACCCAGUUACUACGUGCUCUUUAUAAUUACACGUGGAAGUAUUGAGGAUCUCAAGGAAACUGUACAGGCGGCUAUUUUUGCAUCGAAAGCUCCAAUUUCUAUAGUUUUUGUUGGUGUCGGCUGUGAAGGUUUGGAUGAGAUUGAACGAAUGGGAAAUGCGGGAAAACGAUUAGAGUAUCAGGGACGGAAAAGUGAACGCGAUAAUUUACAGUUUGUAAACGCCACAAAAACACGUCUAGAAUGUGACAACUACAGUGACAUGACCAAUGCUUUCUUGGAAAAAGCACUUCAACAGAUCCCAUGGCAAUGCUCCACAUUUUACAUGCAAAAUCACGUGCUUCCCGGAAAGUCGGCUGAAGAGAAUAACUCAUCGGGAAGUCUAAUGGUACCGAGCAGUAGUCGGAGGCCAAGUUCUGCUUAUGGACAACAGGGAGAUGAGGAAGAUGUUCGAAUGAGCACAAGUAAUAGUGCUGAACAGACUAGCAGCCGCCGAAGCCGAUUAUCGAAUGCAGUACGUUCACUAACACUGGAUGAUUCGAGAUGAGAUAAUUUCUAAUUUUAUUCAAUAUUUUUUGUACAUUUUCUCGUUUCUCUGAUCUCUCUUCUUCUCUCUUUUUACUAAUUUUGCGUACAUAUUGCCAGUGCCUUUUCGACAUUUUUUUUCACGCUCGAUUGUUUCGAAAGUGCGCUCCAUUGAUAAUCUUGGGGCUCUGUCAAAAAUUAAUUUUUUGAUUUUGUUUUAAAUUUAUUUAAUCCGAAUGCUUUUUGGGAUCAUAAUUGCUGCAUUUUUUGGAAUAAAUCUUGGGUUUUCAAAUCA